AUUCCUCGUUUGGCUUGAGAGAGAACCCACCAUUUUUGUUUCUAAAAAAGAAAUGAGAGGAAUCUGUGUCCGUCUGUGCAUGUUAGAUGUUUACGUAGUAAAUCUUUAAGUGUUAGCUGGGCUUACGUUAACGCUGCCAUCGAAGUGGGAUUGGCCAUCGACUCCAUGGAGAUUCUUCGCCUGGGUAUUGAUGGUCAACUCAGCGUCGACCCCAGCGACGUCGAAACGGCUUCUCUCGAUUUUGGUUUGCUCACCCGAGGUCAACCGCUGGCUGUAUUGCAUCCAGUUUCGGCUCAGGACAUAUCUCAAGUCGUUAAAGCAGUCUACGGGUCAAACCAGGGGAUGACGGUGUCAGCUAGAGGACAUGGGCAUUCCAUAAACGGACAGGCUCAGACCACAAACGGUGUAGUGAUUCAGAUGAGUGGGCGGAAAGGGGGGAAUAAGCCACCUCGGCCUCGUGUUUGGUCUGAAGAGAGAUACGUGGACGUUUGGGGUGGGGAGCUUUGGAUAGAUGUGUUGAAGAGUACCUUAGAGUAUGGACUGGCACCCAAAUCAUGGACCGAUUGCUUGUACCUCUCUGUUGGUGGGACUCUGUCAAAUGCUGGAAUCAGUGGCCAAGCUUUCAAUCAUGGUCCACAAAUUAGCAAUGUUUACGAGCUUGACGUCGUUACAGGAAAAGGUGAGGUGUUGACAUGCUCGGAAGAUGAAAACACAGAGCUGUUUCAUGCUGUCCUUGGCGGUUUAGGACAAUUUGGCAUUAUCACCAGAGCUAGAAUUUCCCUUGAGCCGGCUCCAAAGAUGGUGAGAUGGAUAAGAGUACUGUAUUCGAAUUUCUCGGCUUUUACCAGCGACCAAGAGCAUCUUAUAUCGCUACAUGCAGAGCCAAGUAACCAAAAAUUCGACUACGUUGAAGGUUUCGUAAUUGUAGAUGAAGGGCUCAUCAACAAUUGGAGAUCAUCUUUGCUUUCCCCUCAAAACCCUGUUAAAAUCUCCACUCUUUUUCCCAGUGGUGGUGUCUUGUAUUGCUUGGAAAUCGCCAAGAACUACCAUGAAUCUACUGCUCAAACCAUUGACCAGGAAGUAGAGUUUCUGUUGAAGAAAUUAAAUUUUAUAUCGACAUCAGGGUUUACGACUGACCUGUUGUAUGUGGAUUUCUUGGACCGGGUUCACAAGGCAGAGUUGAAGCUCCGGUCCAAGGGUUUGUGGGAGGUCCCUCAUCCAUGGCUAAACCUUUUUAUACCCAGCUCAAAGAUUGCUGAGUUCGAUAAGGGACUCUUCAAGGGCAUUUUGGGGAAUAAAACAAGUGGCCCAAUUCUCAUCUAUCCAAUGAACAAGAACAAAUGGGACCAUAGGAGCUCCGUGGUGACACCGGAUGAGGGUGUGUUUUACCUGGUGGCAUUGCUAAGGUCAGCCUUGGAUAAUGAGGAGGAAACCCAGAGCUUAGAGUACCUGAACAACCAGAACCGUCAGAUUCUGAGAUACUGUGAUGAAGCUGGGAUCAAGGUGAAGCGAUAUUUACCUCAUUACACUACGCAACAGGAGUGGAUGGACCACUUUGGCAAUAAGUGGGAUCGGUUCUAUGAAAUGAAAAUGGAAUUUGACCCGAGGCACAUUUUGGCCUCAGGCCAACGGAUUUUCACACCCACCUUCCCUUCGUCAUCCAACAUGCCUUCAUGACAAUGAUUCAAUGAUAUAAAACAAAUCAUUAAAACGGGCAUUAGCAAGCAUACGGUUUCUCUUGUACAUAAAAAUCAUAAACAUUUAUAAUAAUAUUGGGAACACUCCUAAGAAUUAACUUGGUAAAAAUUUUCGUAAUAUCUAAAUCGAAUCUACUUAAUAGCCACACAGGUACACCUGCCAAAGGAAUCUUAGA